AGUCUGUGACUGGUGUCGUAUUCGUAUAAUAUUACGAUUUCCUUGUAAAAAUUCUCAAUUAAGUAUCCCAUAAUCUAGUGAUAAAUCCAAGAUUUAUUUUAAUUAUAAAUACAAUCACCAAGCGCACAUAAAACGAUGGCGCUAACAGUGGAUAAGCUCACUAACGACGAAAGGUUUAGUGGUGAUAAUGUCCUACAGUUCCUUUUAUAUUUACCCCUUGGUUUGGUGCUGAUGGCAUUUAGAAUAGUUUUGGCGUUAAUACUAUGGAUUGCAGCAAUUAUACUGCCCAAUAAAUCUGCUGUAAGACAGUUAUUAUCUACACUGGCGUGCUGGACGUUUGGUGUUUAUGUCAAAGUAAAGGGCAACAAAGAUCCACGUUGUAGUGUGCUGGUGGCCAACUAUGUUUCCUGCUUAGAUUCAUUAGCAGCUGCUCAUACCCUUGGCACUAUAAGUCUAAGAAAAUGGAAGGUUCCUCCAUUUUUUGCAUCAACCCUGGGUAUUAAGAAUGCUGCUCAAUUUGUGAGAAAACAGCACUUCACAGAGAGUCCAAGUAAGCCAGUAUUACUACAACCAGAGGGUGGCCCGACAAACGGGAAGGGCCUGCUCAAAUUCAAUGAUUGGUCAUUCCCUAUUGGCAAUAGAGUUCAACCGAUUGCAAUAACGGUUGAACGUCCUUUCACAAAUGUGACGGUCCAUCGUCCAAACGACAAGAUAGACGUGUUCCCCUGGUGGGACGCGUUAUGGUUCCUAUGGACUCCGUGUUCUGUUUACACCCUGAGGGCCUUGCCAGCACUGGACAGGAAAGAUGACAACGACCAAGAAUUCGUCGAUCGAAUGAGGCAGGCCAUUGCUGAUGCUUUGCAGGUGGAGGCGACGCCGUGGUCGCUGUGCGAGGUGUCGCGCGCCCGCCGCACGCCGGCCGUCGCGCGCCGCGCGCCGCCGCCCGCCGCGCGCCGCGUGCAGGAGGUCCUGCCGCGCGUGCCGCUCGCCGACAUCGUGCGCGACCUGGAAAAAACACGCAGUGUCGACGUGACUAUCACGAAUUUCUUGGAAGGUAUCACACCUUACACGCCGAUACCGGAGCCCGCGGUGGAGCCCCAGCCGAGCACGUCGCAGGCUCCUCCCAAGUACGUGAGCCCCGCUCCCACCGGUGUAUUCUCCAAGUCGGCGAAGGAGCGUCAGAUGAGUUUUCAAGAGAAGAAGGCUCAAAUGAUAGCUGAAGCUCGUCAGAGGUACAUAGAGAAACAUGGACUUAAUGUUGCUUCGAAGUGUUGAUUUACAAUUUGCGAAGGUAGGCCAAUAUUUUUUAGAUGACCUUUAAUUGUCGCAUGACUUUUCCGGUCAUGAAGCGAUACGAGCUUCAGAAGUACGAAUGAAUCGUAGAAGUAAAAUUUUUGUGCCUACUUUCUCAAAUGUUCUUCCCAUCGAUACAAAAAAAACUUUGAGGAAUUUAUUUGGCAUUACACUCGCUUUAUAUAAAAUUGUAUAAAUAAUUAAAUAAUAUAAACACCACACACAUCAUUAAACUUCGCAAUAUAUUAUUUUAUUAACUUCUGUCACGACCAUUAUAUCAUAGAUGAUCUACACGAGAUGGUCUAUCUUUAGCAAAUAUUUGAAUAAUCUUAUUUCCGAGUGAAGUAUCUAUCCGGAUACACAGGAGGAAACUCAAAUGUUCAACUUUAAAAUAUCUUCUUAAAAAGUUAAACUUAUCAUAAAAAUAAAAAAAUAUAAAUAAGAGGGUAGUUUCAUAAUGUUGUCCGUGUCAACUUAAGAUUAGUGUUGAUAAA